AGCUUAUCCCACUCAAUUUUCUCAUCACUGACGCGUAUCUCAUUCCAGUCACAUAGUCCAAGAUCAGCCUCGUUAAUCCCAUUACAGUGCGCACGAUCGGAAAUGCGAAUAAUUGCAGCAUCAUCUUUGCAUAGCCCUGUUCGACGGAGAAGUUCAACAAUCAGAGGGAUACAGUGAGGCAUUGCUGGUCCUCCAUCAAGCUCGAGCACAUACUCAACUUCUUUCCGCCGUAUGACUUGGGAUGAUUUCUUCAGAGAUAGCAACUGGGCAAAGUGGAACGGUUGAGCCGCAGUUAAAGUGGGUGGUAACUUUGCGUGUGGUCCUGCUAUUGAGCGGCAAACUCGCGAAGAUUGCAACAGAUUGUAGAGCGUUUGGAGGUCUGCACCCUUAACCAGUACCGCCGCUACUUCUUCGAAAUCCAGUUUCGACUGACCAACAUCAGCUAAAUUUGAUGAAGAUCCGAGCGAUUUAUAUCGCUUAAGCUUUGCAGAUUUUCUCGGUGACAUUCCGAUAGUCUCUAGCCAUUCGUGAUCCCCAGACGAAUCAGCUUUUUCUGGACUCCUGUCCGAAUCACUCCCGUUUGUUGUAUUUUCCUUAUCCUCUGAAUUAUCCGGGGAUUUCCGUUCGUUAGAAAAGGGUGGCGGUUGA